AAAGUGAAAGUAUUUUUUUUUCUUUUUCACAGCAGCCAUGUCAGCUACGUACCCUGUGAACGAGCUCCGGGAUGAGCUGGUUUGUCCCAUCUGCCUGGAGCCCUUUAAAGACCCAGUGAUUCUAGACUGUGAGCACAAUUUCUGCCAAGCCUGUAUAACCGACUGCUGGGAGGCGUCGGGCACAGGAGUUUGUCCCCAGUGCAGGAGGAAAUCUUUCCCUGAGAGCGAGCUGAGGCCUAACAAGCAACUGAAGGUGGUGGUGGACGUAGCAAGACGCCUACAAGUAGAAUGCGAGAAACACGAAGAAGUUUUCAGUCUCUUCUGCAAGCAGGACCGGACCCUCCUCUGCAAUGUUUGCAGACUGUCUCGAGAACACAAAGCUCACACAGUCAUUCCCAUCGAGGCAGCUGCAGAGGCGUUUAAGGAGCAGCUUCUGAGUCAUCGGGAUCGUGUUCAGUGUGUGAGAGACGAGCGAGGGAGACGGGUAGCUGCUGAAGAAAGGGAAUAUCAAAUUCUACUGAAACAGCUAGAACGCCAGAAGCAGGAGAUUGCAUCUGAAUUCAAGCAAGUGCGUCAUGUUUUGAAGCAGGGAGAGCAACUCAUGCGUAACCACGUGGAAGGCACCAUACAGGACCUUAGGAAGACAAGGAAUAAAAAUACUAAGGGGCUAUUACUGCUCGAUAACCACAUUGCUGAGAUAAAUCAGACGUGCCAGCAGCCGGUGAAUGAACUCCUCAAGGACAUUGGCAGCACCUUAAGCAGGUGUGAGCAGGUGAAAGGUGAAGAGGAGGCGCCUGUUGAUUCUUUGACUGAGCUGGAGAGCAGAGUGCAGGCUGUCUCUGAAAGCCAGAAAGUUCUAUGUGAUCUGCUGAAGACUUUCAGAGUGGAAUUGGCUCCAGAAUUGGGUCCUCUUGAAAACGUCUCGUCGGAGGUUCAGAGACAAGUGAGUGGUGAAGACCCAACAGAGGAUGUUCCCGAGAACUUUAAACAAGAGGACACUUCUGUUUGCCUGCUGGACCGUGAGGAUGACGAAUGUACCUCAGACAGUUGUGAGGAGCAAGAAGUUCUCCCUAUUGACAAACAGAAUAAUUCAACUGACUUCACAAAUGUUGAGCCAAAGAAAAUCAUAGGUCACUGGUUUGACUCCAAGGUCAGGAGAUGUGGUGCAUGGAAAAUCAUAGCUCCUGUCGUAGUUGCAGUUCUACUUGCAGUUCUCCUUAUCGCAGUGAUUAUCUGGUCAGUGUCAAAGGACAGUGUGACCCCUCCCGACAGCCCUGCCGCCUGCUGCCCUGAAAAGUGGAUUGGGUACCAAGGAAAAUGCUACCUUUUCUCUGAGGAUGAAGCAAACUGGACCUCGAGCCAACAUUUCUGCUCUUCCCCUGGUGCCUCCUUGGCUUGGCUUGACACCCUGCAGGAAAAGGAUUUCUUGAUGCAACACAAAGUCUACCCUGAUGCCUGGAUCGGCCUUAGAAGGGAACCGGGCCAGCCCUGGAAGUGGCCCAAUGGCUCGGUAUUCAACGACCUGUUUCAAAUAGGAGAAGGAGGAGAAUGCGCCUAUAUAUACAAAAACACCAUCAGCAGUUCAAGGUGCUACACAAAGAGGAACUGCAUCUGUAGCAAACCUGAUGAAUUUGCAAAGAGAAAGAUUGCUUAAGAACUACAGUGUUGGAGAAAAACAGUUUUUACUUUUUUGGUUGGGUACAACAAAGUCAGAUACUUAAUUUUUUUAAGCAAUUGCGUAAAGGGAGAGAGUGCACUAGGACACAGGGUCUUUUUCUUCUAGGCAGGUUUUUUAAAGAUAAACAAUU